UUUUAGUUAAAUAUAAAAUCUUUUAGCGAUUGGGAAAUAAGGUUAAUUGCUUACGUAUCAUAUAUAUGUAAAAUAUAAUGAAAAGCAGAGUGAAAUAAUGACAAACAAAUCUUGGAAUGUAUUGGUGACGGGAGGUGCUGGGUACAUUGGUUCUCAUACAGUAUUGGAAUUAUUACAAGCAGAUUUUGAGGUGGUGGUAAUAGACAACCUUACUAAUGCUUAUAAAGGAAAUGAUGAUAUAAAACCAGAAUGUUUAUUACGAGUAGAAAAAUUAACAAAUAGAAAAAUUAUAUUUAUUCAAUGUGAUGUAACAAAUUUGGAUGAAUUACAAAAAAUAUUUGAAAAGUACAAGUUUCAUUCUGUUAUACAUUUUGCUGCUUUAAAAGCUGUGGGUGAAUCUUGUGAAAAACCCUUAGAAUAUUAUAAAACAAAUGUUUGUGGAACAUUGAAUUUAUUAAAAGUUAUGAAAGAAUUCAAUGUGAAAUGUUUUAUUUAUUCAAGUAGUGCCACAGUUUAUGGCAUUCCAGAAAAACUACCAUUAGUUGAAGAUAUGAAAACUGGUAAUUGUACCAAUCCUUAUGGAAAAACAAAAUAUAUGGUUGAAGAAAUUUUGAAAGAUUUGUGCAUUUCAGAUAAGGCAUGGUCUGUUAUAUCUUUGAGAUAUUUUAAUCCAGUUGGAGCUCAUUCUUCUGGAUUAAUUGGAGAAGAUCCCAAUGGAAUACCAAAUAAUUUAAUGCCAUAUAUUGCUCAGGUAUCUGUAGGAAAAAGAGAAAUUUUAUAUGUUUAUGGAAAUGAUUAUGAUACUCCUGAUGGAACAGGCAUACGAGAUUAUAUUCACAUUACGGAUUUAGCUGUGGGCCAUGUAAAAGCAAUGAUUUAUCAAAAAAUUCGUAAUUUUACAGGAUUUAAAGUGUUUAAUUUAGGUACUGGAAAAGGAUAUUCAGUACUAGAAGUUAUACGAGCAUUUGAAAAAGCAUCAGGACGAAAUAUACCAUAUAAGAUAAUUGAACGCAGACCAGGUGAUAUCUCUGUAAGUUAUGCAGAUGCUAGUUUAGCUAAUAAAGAACUAGAUUGGCAAGCUACUAAAAAUAUAGACAAUAUGUGUUUAGAUACAUGGAGAUGGCAACAAAAUAAUCCAAAUGGAUAUAAAUCUUCAUAAUAAAUAUUGAAAUAUUUCUUAUAA